AUGGUGAGACCUCCUGUGUAUAUUCCACACGAAGAGCCACACAGGCCUCUAUAUUCCACUUUGGCUCUAGGAUCAAGACAAGCUCCUUACAGCCCUGGGGCACUGGAUAAGCUCCACUCAUUAGCACAAAGAGCACCUAGUUUUAUGGGUCGCUCUAUAUUCACGCCUGUUUUUUCAGGUCUUUCUCUACCUCAUACUUCAAAUUCAGUAUUACGCAUGUCAGCGUGCAACACUCAGGAAUCUCACUCUCAGGAGAAGACUUUUGUCAAAUAUAAUGACAUGAAUAACCAGGAGGACACUAUUGUCAAAAAUACUAACAAUGCAAAUCUUGCCAGAAAUGGAAUAGCUAGUAAUGUAGAUAAUAGUAGUAGCAUAGAGCAUAAUAGCAACAUAGAGCAUGAUUGCAAUAUAGAACAUAACAGCAAUACAGUGCAUAAUAGCGAUAUGGAACAAGAAAGCAAUGUAGAAUGUAACAGCAAUAUUUAUAAAACAGUUGACACUAGCCAAAGCAGUAUUAUAAACAGACCUAGCAAUUUGAUAAAUUAUGAUAGCAGCCAUAGAGAAAUGUACAGCAGCAAUAAUGAAUUAAACAGUAAUAUCUCUUGUGAGAACAAAUCCAGUGACAACAUUCAAAGUGAUGAAAAUGUUAUGAAAACAAAUAGAAGCAAGAGAGAGAGUACAAGUAAAGUCACAAUCAAACAUAGAGUUGAAGAUGGAAGCACAAUCAAAGAGGAAAUUGCAGUUAGAGAUGUUAGCACAAUCCAUGAUGGAAGCACAAUCAAAGAGGAAAUUGCAGUUAGAGAUGUUAGCACUAUCAAUGAUGGAAGCACAAUCAAAGAGGAAAUUGCAGUUAGAGAUGUUAGCACAAUCCAUGAUGGAAGCACAAUCAAAGAGGAAAUUGCAGUUAGAGAUGUUAGCACUAUCAAUGAUGGAAGCACAAUCAAAGAUGGUAGCAGAGUCAGAGAAAAAAGCACAAUCAAGGGAAAAGAGGGCAUGGUUGGGGAAGAAUCAAGAGCCAUUAAUAUAACACAUGACAAUGCUAUAGAAAGUGACAAGAAUACAGAUGAUUCAAGCCAGAAGGCAUUUAAUGAAAACAAAACUGAGAGCAAAAGUCUCAGUGCUCCUAAACAUUUAAGCAGUUUCUCAAUCUCAAGUUUACUCGAAACUAAAGACAAAGAAAAAAAUGAUUCUCACGAUAAAGAUAAAAAUCCUGAGAUAUUUUCUGCCAUGUCUCCAUUAUAUUGCAAUACUAGUCAAACAUCACCCCCUGUUAGCCAAUGGUACCCACCUUAUCUACCUCAUCUCUCUACGGGACUUGCACCAUACCCUUCAUCAUAUCACCAUGGUAGGCCUCUGUUUUAUGGAGCACCUGAUCAAGCCAAUUUACUGGUCAAUAGAGGCGACCACCCUGGAUAUGCAUAUCACCCUUAUUUCACACAUCCUAGAUAUUCACAUAGAGAUCUACUUUCAUAUGACAAAGCACCAAGAUCUCGUCAUACUUCUGAGCCCCUUAUAAGGAAAAAGAUAGAUGUCAUGUCACCAUUGAGGUCAUCUGACAUCAUGAUGCGUCAUCAAUCUCCAGAAAUGGCGACCACUGUUAAACAUGAAGCUGUACCUCAUCUAGAGCCAAGUUCCCCCAAAAUCAUGAUGUCACCUCGAUUUAUGGGUUCUCCUAACAGUGUUAUGUCACCUCAUAGUAUGACAUCACCAAGAAGUCUGAUGUCAUCUUCAAGUGUGACAUCCCAACAAAGUUUGAUAUCAAAGCCAGAUGAGAUGCAACCUCCUGGAAUAGACCUGACAUCAGUAGGUGAUGUCACAUCUACCAGUGAAGACACACAUUUAUCUAAGGCACCCAGUAGCCCAAACAGUGACGUUACAAUAGGUGACAGUCUGGCUGCUAGAAGGGGCAGGGAGAGAACAUGGCUGCCAUGUGAGGUCUGCGGGAAGAAGUUUGAUAGGCCAUCUUUGCUGAGACGUCACACCAGGGUUCAUACAGGUGAAAAACCACAUGCGUGUGAAGUGUGCAACAAGGCAUUCUCAACAUCAAGUUCCCUCAACACACAUCGCAGGAUUCAUUCUGGGGAGAAGCCACAUCAAUGUCAAGUCUGCGGAAAACGUUUCACCGCCAGCUCUAAUUUGUAUUAUCACAGGAUGACACACAAUAAGGAAAAGCCUCAUAAGUGUAAGCUGUGUUCAAAAUCAUUCCCCACACCUGGAGACCUCAAGAGCCACAUGUAUGUACACAAUGGGUCCUGGCCAUUCAAAUGUGAUAUCUGCAACCGUGGAUUCAGCAAACAAACCAACCUGAAGAACCAUCUAUUGUUGCAUUCUGGUGACAAGCCACAUGAAUGUGUCCUCUGUGGUAAAAGGUUUGCCCUGCAGUGCAAUCUGCGCACUCACAUCAAGACUCAUCAAGGGGAGGCUCAGGAGGAAUGCUUCAAAUGUGGCAAGGUGUUCCUAGCCCUACAUAGACAGAUCAUCCAGGGUAUGUGCAAGGAGUGCCUUCAUGUACCACAAGGUCAAGCCAUAUCAAGAGGAGAGUUCAUUCUAGGGGGCAGGCCAUUAAUAGAUGGAGCUAGGCACCUUCUCACGGAGGGAGGAAGACUCAUCACCCCUAUGUUACCACAUGGACUCAACCAAUCAACCAAUUUGGAACAGUCCAAGUAUGGAAAUGACGAUAUGAAAGGGGCGAAUGGAGAAAUCAAACCUGAGGAAAACAGUCAUAUAAAUUCAAAAAUCAAGCCCAGUAUUUUUAGUGGUGUGUUUCCUGGAAAUGGUGGCACAUUACAAGAGAAGGAAUUACUCAUUCCAAAGUCUAUGUCCAAUCAUAACUCAACAUGCUACAAUCCUUACAAAUCUGAGUUUGAAGUCAUGAAAGAAAAUUCAAGUGUUCUGGAGUUUCAUAGAGCUAGAUCAGGUUUUGGAAAAGAAGGGAAUGCGAGACCUUGGCCCAAUGUACCACCACAGCACUUUUAGUUAUGGGUACUGUGAUGGAUUUUAUAAUAAAUUGCAGUGAACUUUAUAACACAUCCCAAGUUUCCUCAACCUCACUCAAGGUUAACAUAUUAUUUACUUAAUCAAAGAUGUGUUCACUCAAGACAGGUUUUACUGUACAUGUACCUUCUCCAGUACAGAGAAAUCCAGGGACUACUGUA